CAACAGGCGGUUAAUUGUUUUUAAAACUCGGCAACAUCAGCAAAAAUUUUUUUGUGUAGCCUUUUAUGAACCUUUAAAAAAAUAAUGAGAUAAAGGUAGAAAGAUGGAGAUAGCUCUGGUGUUGUUGAUGUUCUUCACCUUCAAUAUUGACCUCUCAGGUGCAGUAAACCGUCGUCCAACGUUUGAACCUAAAACAUAUGACCUAACAAAGCCUAAGCCAUGCAACGCUCCACGAAAAGGCAAUCUCAGUCGCUAUCCAAGAUUUGAGCCUACCAUACACGGAUGGGAAAAAGUAUGUGAAGCUUCUAAUUGCCGCUACACUGGAAGAAUUACUGGAAGUAUCAAAGCUUUUGGGUUUGAACGUCCGCAACCCCAGACCUGUGUCUUCUACUUGGUUCAAUAUGACUAUGGUAUAUUUUGGCCUGGGAUAUGUAGCUUUUACUUGUACCCCUGCGACGAUAAUUGCAACACACCAAGCGAUCGAUGCAAUUGCACAGGCGAUAACGAACACGAUACAAUUUCCGUCAAGUUUUAUCCCAUUAGAGGAUCUAAAUAUAGGCUCGCGGUUUGGGGUGGCUUGCACACGAUAGGAUAUUUCAACGAUACCGACCCAGAUUGGGAGGAUCAGUUAUACCAGUGCAGUAACGUGUUCGACACAACAAUCAAGCCAGAUGACUGGAACCCUAUCAAUUCUCUCACUUUUGGAUACUCAACAAAUGGAUACAAUCAAGGAACUAACAUCAUUGGCAUCGUAGUUGUCCUUCUAAUCAAGAUCAUCUUUAAUGAUUAAUGAUUCAAGUAACAAAUAAUGAAUGUCUUGAAAUGGGAAACAGCGUAGAGCUAAACAUCAUGGCCACAAGCUUUAUGGAUUUUUUAUUACCUGAUGUUUCCUGUUAGAAUGUAAUUUUGCAUGUAAUUAGAAUGCAUUUAUAAACACUAGAAACAAUGCCCCUUAAAAACUAUACACAUUUGUCCAUCAAAGAAAUGUUUACACAUCAUAGAUUUUAUGUUAUUUAGUUAUCAAAAUGUUUAUAAUAACAUAAAAAAAUAAUUAAAACAGAUCCCAGCAAUAUUUAACCAUAUACAUUUUUCUUUGUUAAGAAAUUAUUCAUUUACCAACAAUUUUAA